CUGGUCGAUUUCCAGGUCUUGGUCGAGAAGAACUAGAACCCUUGUUCUCUCAACUUCUUCUUUGGCCUGUUUCCUGUACGUUGAAGCUCUUUACGAAGCAAGUGAGAGUGCGACGCCGAGAGACCACACCGAUGGUGCCUUUUUGUCUGCAUUAGAACGGCAACAUCAACUUCCUGAGCCCGUUGAUCGAGAACAAGAUACCCAUGAUGAUCGAGCAGAGGAGGCUGAAGUAGAAGAUACCGAAAACGAUUGUUUCUGUGGUGACGAGACUCUUUUUGUUAAGGUCCUCGGUGGACUACGAAGGAGCAUUUUGAUGCAGAAUUUACUUAGACGAGAUGAAGAUGAUUUGGAAGAUCACAUGGUCAUAGCCAUCAUUAACAGUGGUUAUGCCACUUCGUGGAUUGGUCGGAAAUCUUUUUAUAUAUACAUAGUUAGAUUAUACAUACCAACAUACAUGAUUGAGGCUUUGUUCUAAGUCGUAUGUUUUUGAGAGAUGGCAAUGGCACACCGCUUGGGAACAGUGGAAAACGAAAGAACGACAACAACAUGGAGAGAAUGACCAGUUAACCAGAACGAGAACCACUCAGGAGGACUACAUGAUGAAGAAGAUUGACAUUGACUUGCCGCAACCAAUAGCGACUGACUUUUUGGGUUGCGUAGAACGAUUACGAUUCGACGAUCAAAUUGGAAGUCCAGUUGUCACGGUUUCAUUCAAGAUGGAUAGUUUCUGUCCAGCAGACUUGGCGGCUAAUGCCGUCCGUUGCUCGCAGAUGACGUUGAAUGCGGACCAAGCUUUACUCACUCAAGCUUUCAGAG